AUGGGGAUAUUAGAUGUUUUUCUCCAGUGUUUCAGUUCUUCGUUCUUAUUGGGGACUGUCAUAGUCCUCCUGCUAAUCUAUUUAAUUUCCUCUUCGAGUUUCAGUACUCAAAAACAUGGUAAGGAGCCUCCAGGACCCAGACCACUUCCGUUGCUUGGGAACCUACUUCAGCUUGACCUGAAAAAACCCUACAACACAUUACUGGAGUUAUCCAAGAAAUAUGGAUCAGUCUUCACGGUCUAUCUGGGAACUAAAAAAGUGGUGGUCCUAUCAGGAUACAAGACAGUGAAGGAGGCACUUGUAGACUAUGAUGACGUGUUUGGAGACAGGAAUCCACUGGAGAUCAUGCGUGAACUUAGUCAAGGACAUGGUAUGAAAAGUGACUAUUAUGCUACAAUAAAUGUAUUUUUCAGAAUCUAG